AUGAGUAGCUCCGACAAGAGGCGGGGCGGCAGCUCCACGCACACUCUCCGCUCCUCGACGUCCUCGCGCAGCAGCAGCAUAAUCGCACCGCCGCCGAGGGCCCAACUCGGGAACAAUGCGCCCUCGUCCUCGUCGCCGGGUGCAGACAGCGACAACAUUUCGCAGCAUCACGAAGCUGGGCCCAGCAAUGCGGGCAGCAGCAAAGAUGGCGCAAGCCUUGCCGCCAGUGAGAAAGACGACGAGAUCGUCAAGCUAAAACGCCAGAUUGUAGAGAUGGAGGAAAACUUUGCUCGUCAGGUCGACCGGCUGUCGCUGAAUGAGACUGAGACAGCAUCGUUCUGGCAAGGGAAGUACUCGACUCUCAACCAGCAGUUCCUACGGACCGACACCGAGCUCAGGUUGCUGCGCAACGAGAAUGACAGCAUCCGUGAGGGCAAGCGAGAGCAGCUCAGAGAACGCUGGGAGAUUUUAAAGCAGGAACUGAUGGACCGAGAUGACGAGAUCCAACGCUUGAAAACGCAAAACAAGGGGCUCAAGGAAUGGGUCAACGUGAGCACCAAGACGGAUGACCAGACAAGUGACGAAGUCUUUGGAGAUGGCAUGGCCAGGCUCGGCAACGGUCUGCAGAAUUGGGUUGUGGUGCAUUUCAGAAGAGCUAAGCUUGAUCUGUCAAAAGUGAGCAAAGCAGUCAUUAGCGAGCUCGCACAACUGAUCCCUAGGUACGAAGAGCUUGCGGGGCCCGCCAAAGUCCAUUUGCUACAAUCCAUCGUGUCGGGCAUCCUAGUGGAGAUGAUAUUCGAUGCGUACUUCGUAGGACUGUCCAAAGAGCAGACCAAUCAGUUGAAGCAAACCGAGCAAUUUCUUGCAUCUCUCAAACUGCUAGGCUCGGAUGAGGCCGUAAAACAAUGGCGAGCGACCACGUUGAUCAUGAUUAGAACAGAAGCACCUCAGAAACUGCAGGCGGAGACGGCUGCCGUCACUGAGCAUGUCAUCUCGAGGAUCAACCGGAUUUUAGGUGCAAUCACGGACGCCAAAACUACCGACGCGCGAGAUCAAGCACUGCGGGUGCAGGUGAAUAACUCGAUCGAAUUAGCGCGGUUGCUUUCUGUGCAGAAAGCCGACUUCAGGGUCACAAUGCCGCAAAUUCUGCCACACCAGAAGACGAUUUUCAACGCGUCCGAAAUGGAAGACAUUGGCGGAGAAGAAGAAGACAGUCUCGCAGCACGCGAGAUAUGUUGUGUGACGUUUCCGCUUAUCAUCAAGUUUGGAGACGAGCGCGGUAGCCAUCCGCAGUACCGUAACGUCAUUGCGAAGGCGCGCGUUCUCUGUGCCCCCGAGUGA